AUUUUUUUAAAUUCUCCGAGAAUGGAGGGUUCUUUUAUGAGUUAUUUUGCCACAACGGACUCCGACUCGAUUCAUUCUCCCCUCUCACAUGCACUAAAUUACUACAAACUUUUACUUUUUAAAUAAGUACCGGAGGAUAUCAGGAAGGAAACAAACCGGGUGAGGUCAUAGGGGUCCCGUCUAACUCCGGUUGCUUUUCGUAAGACGUACGGGUCACAAAAAGGCCUUGUCUUUGUACUAUACAGAGUGUCUGCCCGCUAUAUGCGAAAGUGUUCAUUGCGAUAUAAAAUCAUAGCAUCUGAGCCGUCAUGACGUCGUCGCUUGGCCUUGCUACCAGACGAGCCCAGCCUCAACUCACUCGUGUGACGAGGCUGGAAGAACAGCUUCGAAGGAGUAUAUCAACCAUUGAAUUGGAUAGACAAAAAGGAGACAGAGAACGUGUCGUGAUUCUUGGCUCUGGCUGGGCCGGCUUCAACCUCUCCCGCAAGCUAGACAAGAAAAAGUACCAACCCGUCGUUAUCUCUCCCCGCCCCUACUUCGCCUUCACCCCCCUCCUCGCAUCCACCGCCGUCGGCACCCUCGAGUUCCGCACCGCCAUCGAGUCCGUCCGCGCCCGCGUCACAGACACAGAGUAUUACCAAGGAUGGGCGGACGACGUCAGCUUCGCCGACAAGCGUAUCACUGUCGAGGUCAAUGCGAUGAUGACGCAGUCCACGGCGCCGAUUCAGACGGCGGAUGAGGCGUCUGCGCCAGGAACCAAGAAGGGCAAGAGGUUCGACCUGGAUUAUGAUAAGUUGGUCGUUGCGGUGGGGUGUUACUCGCAGACUUUCGGGACGCCGGGUGUGAGAGAGAAUGCCUUCUUCCUGAAGGAUGUGGGCGAUGCGAGGAAGAUCAGGAAGAGGAUUUUGGAUUGUUUCGAAGAAGCAUCCCUCCCCUCAACACCCGAGAAAGUGAAGCGGCAACUCCUAAACUUUGGCGUCGUCGGCGGAGGCCCCACCGGCGUCGAAUUCUCCGCUGAGCUCUUCGACCUCUGCAACGACGACCUCCGCAAACUCUACCCCUCCCUCAUCCAACACGCCCGCAUCAGCAUCUACGACGUCGCUCCUAGCAUCCUCUCCAUGUUCGACAAGCGGCUCGCCGACUACGCAACCAACCAUUUCCGCCGCGACGGGAUUGCGAUCAAGACUUCGCACCAUAUCAGGGAUUUGCGUCCUGGACUCCCUGGUGCGGAGGAGGAGGAUGGGAGUUCGGGGUUUACGUUGACGACGGAGGAGGAUGGGGAGGUGGGGGUGGGGAUGUGUGUCUGGUCUACUGGACUGAUGAUGAACCCCUUUAUCCAAAAGGCGCUCAACGAUGUACACAGCUACCCCAGCGCCUCUAUCACCCCUCCUCCUUCUUCCUCAUCAUCCUCCUCCUCUCCCUCUCCCGCGCCAGAAACCCUCAACUGGCAUCUCGCGCGCGAUCCCAAAUCCGGUGGUCUGCUAGUCGACUCACAUUUCCGCGUCCAGCUCAACGGCUCCUCCCCCUCCUCACCCACCUCAACCAACACCCCCACCCCCACCACCCCACCCAAACCAGCAACAAUGCUAAACGUCUUCGCCCUCGGCGACGUCGCGGUCCCACAGUCCGGCCCCCUCCCCGCCACAGCACAGGUAGCGAACCAAUCCGCGCUCUGGCUCGCGCGGCGGCUUAAUGCGGGGGAUAUAGGGAGGGGAGGCGGGUUCACGUAUAGGAAUUUGGGGGUUAUGACGUAUUUGGGUAACUGGAAGGCGAUUAUGCAGACGGGGGCGAAUAGUGAGGUUACGGGGUUUGCGGCGUGGUUGGUGUGGAGGGGGGCGUAUUUGACUCGGACGAUCAGUUGGAGAAAUAAGUUGUUGAUCCCGAUUUAUUGGCUCAUUAAUUGGGCUUUUGGCCGCGAUAUUGGCAGGUUCUGAUGAACUCUUGUGGGCUGUCUGUUAUACAUAUAACAAGAGCAUAUGUCGAGUCUGAGGAUACAAACCGACACUCGCCUCUGUACACCACUCGAUGUGCGAGAGGACGUGGCCGCUGGCGUAUUUGACUCGGACGAUCAGUUGGAGAAAUAAGUUGUUGAUCCCGAUUUAUUGGUAAUUUCCCCGUGGUCAGGUGUGGACGAGUAUGGACCAUACGAGCUGUCAUCAUCCAAGGCAGUUAAAAAGCGAGAUAGAUAGUAAUCGUACCAGAAUGCAAGUUUAUUUUUGUGCUUCUAGUU